AUGUCCUUAAACUACUGUGAUAUUUCUGUGUCGUGGACUGUUGAGAGGAGCGAGAACUUACAGACAGUAUUCAGUUAUCGAGUCACACAGUCUACUGAUGUCUUUGAAGCAAGUGCCCAAGUUAAAGAUGCGAUAGAAGAGAGCUACAAAAGCUGCCAGUUGACACAUGAAUUGGGAGACACUGCAGCUGACAAUUCAGAGCCUUGUGUUGUCAGUCUGACCUGUAAAACUCCCUACAAUGUGUCCUUGCAGGGGGUAGAAAUCCUGAGUGAAUCUCGCACACAGGAGGUAUACGAUGACCAAGACAUCUACAUGAUGACAUCAUCACUACAGAACUCUAGGAAAGACUCGGACAAUGUUAAUCUGUACAGGAGUCUGACCUGGUGGGAAAAACCCCUCCAUCAAUGUUCCAUCAAGUUUUUAUCUUUAGGAGGACGCAAGACAUUCCAGCUGUGUAGUGUGGUGGUACAUUUAGUCCAAGGAUCCACUGAUACCUGUUCACCCAGUCGACCACUCCAGAUGAGUCAGAUUGACAUGGGCAGAGUGAAGGACAUUGUGGGCUCCAUGGGUGGAGGUUUGUCAGAGAGAGCACAGGCCUUCAUGACCACAAUGGAACAAUACCAACAAAACCAGGAAGCCACAUUUGCCGAUAUGGAAAAGAUGCUUGGAAAAACUGCUGUUUCAAAAGAAAGGAAAACAUCGGGAGCAGGGGACAUGUCCAAAUUCGUAUCCAUGUUUUCUACAAUGAGUAAACUACGUCAAACAAUACCUGCUGUAAACAGUGACUCUGUACCCAAAUUUGACUUGAAAAGCUUGGGUCAAAGUUUGGGUCAUCCACUAGGCAGUGAAAAUGGAAUUGCAAAUGGUGAAAACCCAGCAGAAAUGUUCAGUUUUCUGAAGAACAUUUGUGGGAAAGUUACUCAGAUGAGAGAAACUGGUAACCAUAGAAAGACGUCUGGGUUGUCAAAUGAAGAAGGGAAAAUAAACUCUGAAACUGACAGCAAACUAUCGCCACCCAUUUCAUCAGACGCCUCAUUAUCCCAGAUAGAGAAAAGACUCACUGAACACAUUGAUAAAAUGGAGGCUCGGCUGGAGGCCAAGAUUGAUGAGAAGCUUCAGAAACUUGAAGAAAACUUUAAUAAGAAACUGGACAAAAUUUUGGAGCUGCUGACUCAACCUGUGUCUGGAGACCAGGGGUUGUACGAGAGCAGUGAUGAGUCUUCUGUGUCAUCAGAUGGAGAAUUAACUCUGGACUGAUGACAGUUGUAAAACACACCACAGACUGAUGACAGGUGUAAGACGCUGUACAGACAGAUAUCAGGUGUUCAGCACACUACAUGUUGCUGUAUAGUGUAAAGCACACCAAAAUCGAGUGUUGCAUAUACUUCUCAUUGAUUUCAGGUUUAAGCAACAAUAUUCAGAAAGUGUGUAAAACACACCACAGACUGAUGACAGGUGUAAGACACACCACAGACUCACGACAGGUGUAAGACACACCACAGACUCACGACAGGUGUAAGACACACCACAGACUGACGACAUAUGCUUCUCAUUGAUGUCAGGUUUAAGCAACAAUAUUCAGACUGAUGCCAGGUAUAAAACACACUACAGGCUGAUGUCAGGUGUCAAACGCACUACAGGCUAAUAUCACUUGUGAAACACACUAUACAGGCUGAUAUCAGGUGUAAAACGCACUACAGGCUGAUGUCAGGUGUAAAACACAUACUAGACUGAUUCCAGGUAUAAAAUACACCAUGUGCUAAUGCCAGGUGUAAAACGCACUACAGGCUAAUGUCAGGUGUAAAACGCACUACAGGUUGAUGUCAGGUGUAAAACACAUACUAGACUGAUUCCAGGUAUAAAAUACACUACUUGCUAAUGUCAGGUGUAAAACACACUGCAGGUUAAUGUCACUUGUGAGACACACUAUAUAGGCUGAUGUCCGGUGUAAAACGAACUAUUCAUUGAUGUCAAGUGCAAAACACUCUACAGGUUGAUGCCAGGUGUAAAACACAUUACAGACUGAUGCAAGUUUUAAAAUAUACUACAAAGUGAUACCAUGACAAACUCUACAGAGCUAUGUGAACAGGGGUAAAACAUACCAGACUGGUGACAGGUAUAAUCACUGAUGCCUGAGGCAGAUACUAUAAGUGAAGUGCAUUACACCUUAAUAUAUGGUGUAAAAUACUACAAGCUGAUAUCAGGUGUGAAAUUUACCAGUACCUCAGACUGAUGUCUGGUGUAAAAAUGCACCACAGACUGAUAUACGAUAUAAAAUGCUGUAGAAAUCAUAAAAUGAUCAGCUCAUGAACUCACUUUAAUGUGUGCUUUUUGCUUUAUGUUUUCAUUUCUUUCCUAAUAGCGACAUUUAAAAGGUGUGUAUACUGGUUGUGGAGGGCACAAGUAUGUAUGUCAUACCAGUACAGACUUCUUAAAUACUUGAUGUGAAUAGAUUAUAACUCCAGUUGUUAACUUUUAAAAGCUUUAUGACAUGUACAUGUAUCUGUCUGAUGUUGUAUGUUAGUAUUUAUGCAUGAAAAUCACAUUCAUAUAGCUACAUGUACUCUUUAGGGGAUAGAAAACAGCAGAGUGAAGGAUGAAAGACCAUUACACACUGUCCAGGAAUAUUGUUUUAUUUAUUUAUUAUUUUUUUUAGAAUUUUUCCAUUUGAGAAAAAUAGUUCUAAAACAUCAGAUUUUAUGAUGAUCUGUAUUGACCCAGAGGGUAUCAGUGAUGUAACAGCCAUAUUUUUGCUUCAAGUAGUUUGUCUCAAACACAAUUCGGCGAAUGCAUUCAUAGCUCGGUAUAUAAUGUAUUUUGAAUGUAGACAUGUGGCAGUCUGUGGGUGUUCAUUGGCAAAAACCUGACGUGAUGUCACUGGUCAUAACAUGGUCAGAAAGGGUCAUUAUAAUCCAAAGUUUUAAAUGCAUUUUGCUUAAGUGAAAAAAUUUUAAAAGGUAAAAGUAUUUUUCAGCACACUGUUUUAUGUUUUUUCAUCU